AUGUCAGCUCAUUCGACUGAGGAGCACGGUGUUCUGCUGCCUGGUACACAGUCACAGCGUCAGGAGGAGGAAGCACAGCAGCAGCCCAAGCUCGAUGCAUCAAGCGUCCCGACGGAGACGCGCACCGACGAAGCUGUCUCGCUGUCACCGGCGGCAAAACGCCACUGCUUUGAGAAGCAGGCACAGAAGGAAGUGACAGCGGGUGCUACGCGCCUGAUCGAUCUCAAUGAGGACGCAGACCUUGAAAGUGCCGCUCGUGUCUCGGCGACGGUUGCGCUCCGAGACGACCUCGCCAGCCCCGUGGACGCGCGUGUCGGUGGGGCUAUCGGCAGCGUUGAUGUGUCCGGCAGCACCCUUUGUGUUGAGGCUGAUGUGACCAGCGUGAGCGACAAGACGCCUGCGGGGUCGGACCGCGCCGCUGAGCCGGCAUGCGCAGAGAAGGGCGCGGUCACGCCCUCAGUGCGCGAGCAGGAGGCGUUGAGCCACACGCAGCCCCCGCAAGCGAUGCUUCACACAGAGUGCGAAGAUACGCCGGCGCAGCAUUUGCCAAUGGAGGACGGCAAUGCAGCAGCGCCUCCAGUCUGCCGGGGCAUAGAUGAGGAGGAGGCGGUUGCAUCUCCGCCGUCUGCGCUCUCAGUAACGCUCGCGCACUUAUCACAGGCUGAGGAGAAAACUGCGAGCGGCGUCACUGCCCUCAACUCCGACACCCUCGACGGUAACGGUGCUCCCCGCUGCCACGCUGAAGGAAGGGUGGGCAGCGCCACUGAGACCGAGCCCACCGCGGAUACAGUGACGACAACUGAGAUACCUUCGCCGAUCCCAGAGGACGAUGAGAACGACUGUUUACCACCCUCACGUCUUUCCGAGGCGGCUACACCGCCGCCGUCAGUGGCCGCCGUCGACGAGCGCCCCAUGGCGGCAGGCAAGCAUCUCACGUUUGCCGACGACGCGGCGCCACAGCUGUCGAUGACGCGAUCCUCGACGGCAUAA